AUGGACCAGAGAGGAAGUAAGCGCGUCUACAGCAGCGCUUUUCAGCAUUCCAACGACCAAUAUCGUAAAACAUUGCGUAGCGUCGCUGACUCCUCUGCUUCUUCUCGACCCUCUUACAUACCUGCAGUAUUGUUUGGCACCGAUAUAGAAAACAGUACUCCGUUUUUUGAUGCUGAAGCAGAUGUGGAGUUUUUGCACAGUUCCCAGAAUACAAGACUACCGCUUGGCCCUUACUUCCUCGAACGUCAGCCAUCCCUUCCUUGUAUCUCUGAGGUGUUGCAAGACAGUGGACAAGGCAUAAUCCUUCGGGAACCAGAACAGCUUCAAAUGGACUCAUCUCCUCUCGACUCCAGCUCUCAUCUUAAUGACAUCGCGGGAUUAGGUGCUUACACUGGACCACAUAUCUUCGAAGAUCCAAACACGGCAUCUGUCUACCCAGGCCAUGAUGGCGGAUUUGCUUCGACUGCUCUGCACUUUCAGGACCUCUCACUCUACGACACUUCAGAAACAAUGCUCCCGGAUCAUAUCGAGUGGUCAAUUACUGCAGCUCGUACAAGUAUUUCCACAGUCGCAUCACAAUCUCUACAGUACCCAUUCCCCACCCUCCAACCCAACGACAUUCUCAUCAUCUUUGACAAAGGCCACAAGGUCUUGAAACUCAACAAGUACCUUCUCAUGCUCUCAUCCCGCUUCUUCGCCUUCAUACUCGCCGGCACCUACACCCCUGGCUGCACGCCCUGCCUCCGCCUGCGCAACGACUUCCCUCUCGCUAUUAUUGCCAUGGUCCAUUUCCUAGAACACGGCAUGUACGUGCUCGAUCCUGCGGCGCGCACCCAGUACCCCAACUUGACGCUCCUUGAUCUACACGUCCAUACUUACGUUGUGGGUGCCAAGUACGACGUGCGCAGGCUGUGCGGUUAUGCUAUUGACCAAUACGCCGAUAUCGCACGCAUGAUUUUGGACACGAGCGGUAUAUAUGUCAACCAGACCAAUGGCAUUGUUUCUCCGGCUGUGAAUUCCUUUCUCGAUUCUCUAGUACUUAUCUGGCGGAAUACACUGUAUUGCGGGGACGCGUUGCGUCAGGCGGCGCUCGAGCUGGUCAAGGCAAAGGUAAACCAACUUCUUCGGGUCGGGUUCUUCCAGACGCUGCUGUGGGAAUUGGUGGAAUUUAGGGAUGAUGUUGUGGCUAGUUUGCACGAGGAUGGGUUCGAUGUCAAGGUAUUGCCUAUGAUGGCUGGACGGCAAAACAAGGCAGGUGUUAGUUUUGGUCGUGCAUGA